AUGAGUGGAGGUAUUUACGCAGUCAUGCUGCGGUACGCCAUCUGGAACAACGCGGUAGGAGUGGUUUGCAUGCUAUUGUUUGGUAAGAUGAGAUAUUUGUACAACAAGCGCGAGCCGAGAUCCAUCUUCCCCCGCGCGAUCGCUGCAAUCGGGGGCCAUGCAGAGAUUGUUGCGACGCUCCGGCAAGAGUCCACCGAGCGCGUCAACGCCCCGAACAGCUGGGACAUACAUAACCCCCUCGAUGCGGGCGGUUACUACGAGAGACAUAUCAUGAAAGAAUUUGAUAACACAAGUAUGCAGUGCUCAUGA